GACAGUCAGUGGACGGUGAGGGAUGGGUGGUGCGCGGGAGCCGGGAGGCGAACUGGCAGAUGGCGAGGCGGAAGGCCGGUGCGGCGAGGGUUAGGUCCGGGACGGCGACGGGCAGCCCGUGAAUGAGGCAGACGGCGGCGAACUCCGGCGCGGGGCUAGCACCGAGCGAUUCUCCUGGGAGCACCUAGCCGGCCAAGAUAACAAGCACAGCAGCCCCGUUUCUCUCCCUCAAAAAGCAGAGUGAGCAUGGUUCAUCCAUUUGAUUGUGUUCCCAGCUGAGGCUGCUUGGUCAUCUGCUGGAACGGCGCCUGGAAAAAUGGCGUCCACCCUUCUCCCGACCUUAUUGCCGCCAGUUUCACGUGCCGUCGCCUUCCUCCUCCGAACCCCACCAAAACCCUUCCGCUCUCACCAUCCGCUUUUCCGCAGCCUCCCCGCCUCAGCUUCUUCCCCAUCAACCCCUCCUACUUACCACUCCCUCGUCACCAUGGCCUCCGCGGGUAUCCCUGCGCGCCGGGACCUCCUCAUGCUUGGCAUUGAGACCAGCUGUGAUGACACUGCUGCUGCCGUGGUUAGAGGCGAUGGGGAGAUCCUUAGCCAAGCGAUUGCUUCCCAAUCAGAUUUGCUUGUGAAAUGGGGCGGUGUCGCUCCUAAGAUGGCCGAAGAAGCUCAUGCGCUUGCUAUUGAUCAGGUUGUUCAGAAAGCACUCGAUGACGCAAAUGUGUCAGAGACUGAUCUUUCUGCUGUGGCCGUGACCAUUGGACCAGGGCUUAGUCUAUGCCUUAGAGUUGGUGUUCACAAAGCUCGGAAAAUAGCAAAAGUAUUUGGCUUGCCUAUUGUUGGAGUUCACCAUAUGGAGGCACAUGCUUUAGUUUCCAGGCUAGUGAACAAGGACCUUGAUUACCCAUUUUUAGCUCUUCUAAUUUCAGGAGGACACAAUCUUCUUGUUCUCGCUCAGAACCUUGGUGAGUAUGUUCAACUGGGAACUACAAUAGAUGAUGCAAUUGGUGAGGCAUAUGACAAGUCAGCAAGAUGGCUGGGUCUUGAUAUACGGAAAGGUGGUGGUCAUGCUCUUGAGGAGCUUGCCCUAGAAGGUGAUCCAAAUUCUAUUAAUUUCACAGUUCCGAUGCGACAACAGAAAGAUUGCAAUUUCUCUUAUGCUGGUCUGAAGACUCAAGUUCGAUUGGCUAUUGAAUCCAGAAAUCUGUGCACAGAUGAUAUCCCCAUUUCUUCUGCAACAGAAGAAGACAGACAACUAAGGGCGAACAUUGCUGCCUCUUUUCAGCGGAUUGCUGUUCUACAUUUGGAGGAUAGAUGCCAGCGAGCAGUUGAAUGGGCAUUGAAGAUGAAACCUUCAAUUAAAAACUUUGUUGUUUCAGGUGGUGUUGCUUCUAACCAGUAUGUUAGGACCCGCUUGAAUCAUAUUGCUGAGAAGAAUGGUCUACAGCUCGUAUCCCCUCCCCCAAGUCUUUGUACUGACAAUGGUGUCAUGAUUGCUUGGACUGGAAUCGAGCACUUUGUUGCCGGUAGAUUUGAAGAUCCACCUCCCGCUGAUGAGCCUGAUGAUAUGCAGUAUGACUUGCGUCCAAGAUGGCCACUUGGUGAGGAACAUUCAGAAGGAAGAAGUGUUUCACGAUCACUGAAAACGGCUAGGAUCCAUCCAUCACUUACAUCCAUGACACACAGCUCUCUCCACAACUAGUAUGUGUUGAUAUUCUGGAUCAAAAUACAAUUGCAUCUCACAAGGAACUGCAUAUCAACAUGUCACAAGGAAGAAGAACCGUCUACAUAGAAGGCGCCCAAACCUUGGGCAACUUGUUAAGUUCUACUUACAUGCACAUGGAUCAGAGUUUGAGAAAUAGAACGCUUACCUGAUGAUCCUGCAGGACUGCAUUGGCUGCUAUCGGUCUGAAGCUUCUUGCAUCUUGAUUCAUAUUCUGCUAGAAAUACUCUUGUAGAAAGUGCUCAGGCUCUAAAUAAAAAGUAAGCAUUGCGAGACAUGAAAGGGUGGAAGUACAGCUGCCAACUUGGAUUUUUAGCUGUCCUAAUGAGUCACAUCGUUCAUGAUGGAAGUGCUAUUUUUCUUCAGCGUUUUUUUACAGGACUGUAUUUGAAAGUCAUGUGGAUACUGUACCAAAAGGCAACUGAAACAAUCAACAAUGAAUGAAUUACAACGCGAAUACACCGUUGUGUUUA